AUGAGACGUUUCACCAGUCCUUUGACGAAUAUGGCAAAGCUUCGGAAGAUGUCAGGCGCGGCAAUGCCUCAUGAAUCUGCCUUUAGUGACAUUGCCGAGAAAGGUUACGCUGUAGCCUCCCUCGGUGCAAGUGCGAGCAUCCGCGAUAUGGAAGCUGUAGCGCUCCAGCUGAUGGGCGUCGACCCAUUGAGCACCGGGAGCUACAAUGGCCGUGGGGGUGUUGUGCGCAAAAGCAUUGAUGGCACUGGCUUCGUGGAUUCGGCAGCGGGAGCACCAAAGGAGUUAACGAUUCAAUUCCACAAUGAGAUGGCAUAUGCAGCGGAAUUCCCGAAGUAUGUGACCUUUGCGAUGGUCAAACAGGCAAAUGUUGACGGUACAACUACACUGGCAGACAAUAUGCUUGUGCAGCAGAAGCUUUCAGCUUCUUUGUUGAAAAAGUUUCACGAACUUGGUGUUCAGUAUAUCCGUUUCCUGCAUGAUGAGUCAGAGAAGAGUGCUCCAGAUUUCUACAAUUCUUGGCAGGGUGCUUUCCAGACAAGCUCGAUGGAUGUUGCUUUGCAGAACGGGAACAAUAGGACCAACUUCUCUAUCUUGAAGAAACACGAUGACAGACGCCUUCGCCACAUCCUUUGGUGCCCCGUAUUUCAUCAGCAUCCAACCCUUGGAGAGCUUUUCUUCAACUCGGUGCUGAACAGACACGGCUCGUGGAUGGAUGGUCAUUCUUUCUUCGGAAAGCUGCCAAACAGCGAGCGACCGUACCACUGCACUUGGGGUGAUGGCAGCGAGUUCAAUGAUGAAGAACUUGCAGAGAUCAGGUUGAAGAGGAGAGCGAGGCUUGUACCCGAUGAGUGCUAUCAAGGACAGAAAGAGGUUUGGGCUUCCAGCACCAUGCCACUGAUGCUCCUGGCCACGAUUUUGCCCAAAAUGGCCAUUUCCAGCUUCCUAUGUCAGCAGUUUAAUGGCCAGCUGGUACCUUUCCUCUAUGUCAUCAUCGUCGGAUUCGUGGCUGUAGAACAGGUCCGCAGUGCUGCCGCAUGCAGAGCAGAUGACAUUGCAGCGCCGACGGCCGAUUUCUGUGACAAGCUCACAGAGAUCAGUCAGUGGGUGCUUGGCAAAAGCACGCCACUCAUCAUGGCCCUCCCGGGCUUCGGGUCUCAGCAUGCGGGGCCACCUUUCGUUGGUGCAACACGUGGUAUGAGGAUCCUCGUGGCCACCCCGGUCAAUGAAGGGAAGCAGGUUGACAUGGAGUUUGCCGAUGGCACUGCAUAUCGCUUUCACACAGCGUGGAUCAAAGACUCCCAUCCAAAUCUUACGGGCAAUGACUAUUACAGAAAGUCUGCCCAGACACUUUUUGAAAGCGAUCAGUACACCGCAGACACAGUCAAGACUGCUUCUGAUGGUUCUCUCAUUGCAGUGAACUUCAAGAAUCACUUGGACGAAAAUGCAGUGACCGAGGAGUACCCAUCAGCCUGGCUGCAUGCAUUUGCACCCUAUGUUGGAAGCCCCCUCAACCAGAAGGCCAAGCCAAGGAUCAAUGGUUCUGGGCUGCCUGGUACUGGAUCAUUGCUGGACGACCUGUACAAAAACAGGAAGCCCUGGGAUUCCAGUCUCGUGAUGCCAAGAUUCAACGGGCAGGAAGUGCUCUACGAUGAAAACAAACAGAUUGAAUUCUUGGAAGCGAUGAUGGAUCCAGGUGUGGCAGUGGUCACAGAUGUUGGCAAGCCCAAAAGCUUGGAGCACUCGGAUUGUGGUCAACCUUUGGAGGACUUCAUGUUUGACAUCCUUGGGAGGGCAAAUCAGCAUCCAGUGCGUGCUACUCGCUUUGGUGUGAUUCACACAGAAGCUCGUGCUGCAGAAGCUGGCUCAGACUAUGAUGUCAAGAACCCACUUUCCAUGCACACAGAUCACUCCGUGUACCACGGUACACCUGGCUACUUGCAGUUCAUGUAUCAGGCCCGUGGCUCGGUGACAUCCAAAGUCUGUGAUGGCCUGGCUUUGGCAGAAUAUCUUCGGGAGCAUUAUCCAAAGGACUUUGAGAUGCUUUCCCGAAUCAAUGUCACUCACUCUUCGAGAAACAGUAUCUACGCCAAGGAUGGACAGUACCGCAGAGAAUCACAUGCAGAGGGCUUCUGCUUUGAACUGGUGCACACACACCCAGUCUUCACCCUCGACGAAGAUGGCAGCGUGCUCAAGGUUGUGCAGUCCGAGACAAAACGUGGCAUCUCUGCCCUUCCUUUUGAAGCCUAUGAGCCGUACAUGAAUGCCUACAAGAGAUGGAUGUCUUUGUGCGAGGAACCCCGAUUCAAGUGUGCCUUCGAGUGGCCGGAGCAUUCCAUGGUUGUGAUGAACAACUGGAGGGUCUUGCAUGGCCGCGCGGAGGUGUCUGCCGGAAUGCCCAGAACUAUGGUUUUUGCCUAUGUGAUGAAGACCAUCUAUGAGAACCGCCAUCGGCUCUUGAAGCAACGGCAGGCUGAGCAGAAGAAACCUGAGCUGAACCAAAGGUGGCUAACCCGCCUACCGAAUCAGGUUCUGACCUCCUUGGUGGAUUGA